CAUUUUUUAUUUUUUUUUUUAAGGAAGGAUUUAAAAGGAAUUUGGAAAAGGGGAGACAGAAUUACGGGAAAAAGUUUAAAAGUUAAAAAGUAAAGGAGCAAAAAAAACUUCGCAAAGAAAAAUUUCAAGAGGCAGCAAAUUUAUUUUUUUCAAGAGGAAAAAAAAAUUGAGGGAGAAAAAAUAUAUAUAUAAUUGCGAAGGGCUUGAUCCGGGCGGCGGAGAACAAUACUCGCCGGGAAAGUUGCUGCGCGGCUCGGGAGGGAGCGGCGGGAGGAAAAUGCCGCAGCUGGGCAGCGGCGGCGGGGACGACCUGGGGGCCACGGACGAGAUGCUGGCCUUCAAGGACGAGGGCGAGCAGGAGGAGAAGAUCCCCGAGAACGCCUUCACGGAGCGCGACCUGGCCGACCUCAAGUCCUCGCUGGUGAACGAGUCGGAGGGAAGCGGCAGCCCGGCCGCCGCCGCCGCCGAUGCCGAGGCCAUCCGGCGGGCGCAGGAUCCGCAGCGGGUGUAUCAGGAGAAGCUCCCGGACCACAUGGAUGAUGCAGGUAUGAAGCAUCAGGACCCAGGGAUGUAUAAAGGAUCUGCGUAUUCUGGCUACCCUUUCCUAAUGCUCUCAGAUCCUUAUCUGCCAAAUGGAUCUAUGUCACCUCUGUCCAACAAAGUUCCCGUCGUGCAGCCGUCCCACGGAGUCCACCCGCUCACCCCACUCAUCCCUUACAGCAACGACCAUUUCAGCCACGGCUCCCACUCGCCCCAUUUGCCCGCCGACAUCAACCAGAAACAAGGAGUGCACCGUCCUUCCCAGACGUCAGACAUCCCCGGUUUCUACCCCCUCCCUCCCGGUGGAGUUGGACAGAUCACGCCGUCGAUGGGAUGGCAGAGCCAGUCUGUCUAUCCGCUCCCGUCAUGUGGAUUUAGACAGCCGUAUUCGUCAGCGCUUUCUGCUGGGGCUUCUUUCUCCAGGUUCACUCACCCGCUGAUGCUGGGCUCUGGCAUGCACACCACCGGCAUCCCGCACCCCGCCAUUGUGCCCCACUCCGGCAAGCAAGAGAUGGAGCACUAUGACCGAAACAUGAAACCUCAACCAGAACCAAAGAGAGAGAAGGAAGCCAAGAAGCCCACUAUCAAGAAGCCCCUGAACGCUUUCAUGUUGUAUAUGAAAGAAAUGCGGGCGAAAGUCAUUGCCGAAUGCACCCUGAAAGAGAGCGCCGCCAUCAACCAGAUCUUGGGCAGAAGGUGGCACGCGCUGUCCCGGGAGGAGCAGGCCAAGUACUACGAACUGGCUCGCAAGGAACGGCAGCUCCACAUGCAGCUCUACCCCGGCUGGUCUGCCAGAGAUAACUACGGGAAAAAGAAGAGACGAACACGGGAAAAGCAGCAAGAUUCCAACUCAGAUCCUGCCUCUCCUAAGAAAUGCAGAGCUCGCUUUGGCCUCAACCAACAAACGGACUGGUGCGGCCCGUGCAGGUGUGUAUCAGCAUCUCCUCGCUGCUGGGGUGCUCCUGGGCGAGCGGGUUCGGCUCCGUGCAUCCCCUGCAGCCACCCCAGCGCUGGCGGUGGCCGCUCCAGCCAGGCGGGGAUGGGGUUUUCCCUGGGUCCUCAGCAGUUGUCUGAGCUGCGAGGGUCAGGCUGCGCCCUGCCUGGGUUUCUGACCCCUGCCUGGGGCGACGUUGGUGUGAUGCUUUAUGUGUAUCUCAGCUGAUGGACUUCCCUGGUCUUAAAAGCUUAUUUCCAGGGUGGUGACCUCUGUGACCCCGAUGUGUGGCUUUUUUCCCCUGUUAGAGAUUUCCUAUCGCAUAAAUAGCACCCUAGGGCCAGCAGUGAGUAGUUAAUGGUUUGGUUUUUUUUUCCUGUUUAUGCUGGGUAUUUCAAGAUCCAGCUUUUCAUGGCCCUGAAAUUUUGCAGUAGCCACCAUGGGCGAGGUGGGACGGCCUCAAGCAGCAAGACAGUUUGCAAGUGCCCUGUGCCUCGGGCUUCUAGAGAGUGGAUGUGGCCAGGUGAUAGAGAAGCUCAGUGCAUGAGCCAAGUGCUACCUGGCUCCGGGGUCUGCAAAUGCAGCCAGGCAGAAAAAGCUCCUGGGGGGGCCCUGGACCUGGGCACCAAAGCACAGAGAGGCUCCAGCCUGGGCAGAGGGCUACGAUUCAUAGCAUGUUUUUUAUACCAGUGCACUGAGGACUCUAGCAAAAACUGGAAGUGUUGCUUGAAGUGCUUAAGUGCAGCUUCAAGUGACUGAACUCAUUUAGCCUACCCAAACAUGAACCCUGAAGCACAGCCCUGCAGAGUCCUGAUGGUGCUUGGCCCCUGCCCUUGCUGGCACCCGAGCUCGGGUCCCCACGCUGAGCCCGAGUGAGUAUAUACCCCCUCCCUGCAGCCGCAUCCCGAACCUCGGGUGCUGUGCAACAGCAAACUGCCCCACUCGCCUUUUAUACACUGGACAGCAUCAUCAAGCACCAUUUUUUAACUGAUUAAGAAUCCAGACAGAGCUCACUUAACGUCUCAUUAAUACUUUAUCCCGACUGCCCAGAGAGGGGUUUUUGUGGCCUCCGUCCCUCACCUGGCAGUGCCACCGAGCCCAGCGCCCCGAGCGCGACUGCAGCUCUGCGGGCAGCUCCCCCAACCUCGCUCUGCCUUCGUUUGAACUCUCUGAAUUCAGCUUCUCCUCUGCGCUGCUUCCCAAUUAACACAGGCUGCUGAAGUGCUCGGAGACCUUAGCAUGCUUUUAUUUUUUAACCUUUGCCUCUCAACCCCUGGCUGGUCGCAGCCGUUCUGCGGUUCCCCCUACUAAUGCGCUGCCACUGCCUCAAGGGCUCCUGUCCUGCGUGCUCUGCUCGCCAUGCGGAGAGCAACUCCCCGGAGGAUUUCCACCCCACAGGAGAAGUGAAGUGCUUGAAACUGGGUGUUCCUGCUCUAGAGCUUUCACCCUUCUCCCCCUUGCCCGGGGCAAACAGCUCCAGGGUGCUGUAGCAACUAAAGGGGGAGGGGUACAGCCCCUUGGCUGUGUGAUCACCACAGCAGCGAGCCCCCUGGCCCCUUUGUUAGGAUCAGAUCUGCUUUUCCCCUCCCCCCAUUAUUUUAAAUCAAAUUAGUGAAUCGAUGGAUAGAUUUGUAUCACAAACAGGUCAUUGAAACUCUCUGUCCUGCAGCUUCUCCUUGGGCUUCUCUGCUCUGGGGAGUCACAGCCCGUGUAAAACAACCUCUGAGUUAAAGCAGGGCUGUCGUGUUUCAUAUGGCACUAAUUGGGUCACCAUGGCUAAUGAUGACACUGACAGCAGUAAUAGCACUUCUCUUGUUCGCAUCCAAUGCGAAGUCAUGUUUAAUACUGGACUAGUUAAUACAUAUUCUAACAGUGUCUAGUUUUUCAUUAGGAAGAUCAAAGAAAGGUGUGCGCCCGCAUUAGCGAGUUCUCCAGCUGAUCCAUUUGCCUCAAAUGAGGCAGCUGGGCGGGGGCUGGGGGGGGGGGAGGAGGCUCUUUUGAGCUGUUUUAGCUGUAAAGUCAUGAAUGCCAUCCACAGCAGAGGGACUAUUCCCUCGCUGCCAUUAAGGUGACAUCCUGAGAGCUCUUUCCUUUAAAACUCUGCUGAGAUGCUGGAGGACCGGUGGCAGGUGGCGUUAGGGCUGUGUCCCAGGAGGAGAAGGAAAACCUGCUGAGCAGCGGUGGAAGGGGCACAGGAGCCCUGGCUGGCCGGGGUGGUGGCAGAGGUGGCAGCUGGGGCUCCGGGCAGAGCUGACUGGCAGCAUCACCCAGGGGGGCGGUUACAGCAAGGACGGUGUGCGACCUGGCUUUUUGAGACCCCCCCAGUCGUAACAGGGACAAGUGGGGAACUGGGGGGUGAAGGCUGGGUUGGUCCCCGCUGCCCCAGUGCUGCUGUCUUUGGGACCUUCCUGGUCUCUGCUAGAAGCACAGGGCCAGGGGAGGAGAGCGGCCACUGAUGGGGCUGCAGGUCUGCUCAGGCGCCCUUCUCCCGCCGGAGCUGGCGCUCCAGCCUCUGCCCAUGGCACGCUUUGUACCGCUGCCUCCGCUUCCCCAGGCAGCGGGCGCAGCCGGCAGCUGUCCGGGAGAGCCACGGGCGGGAGCUCUGCCGGGGCAGCCAGUGGCCCGGUGGGCUCCCUCCGACAGGCUCAGGGUCGAGCUGGUGGGCAGCCACCUGCCGUGUCCCCCCAGGCCGGUCCCUUCCCUGCCCAGCCUUGGCUUGGCGCUCCAGCUCCGCGGUCGCGGCGGCGGGAGCAAACGGGAAGGGUUGGGCGAUGCAGGGCUGGCGGGACCGGGGGCUUUGCUGCAGGAGGCAGAGCGGACGGUGGUGCUGCGCAGGGCCUAGGCAGGCGCUGGGAACGGGCUCUUGAGACCUUCGGAUGUUGAGUUGGCUUGUGCGGCCUGAGGAGAACAGCCAAAGAUGGCGGCAGGGGCACGGCACGGACCCCUGAGCGUGGCCGGGCUGCCCGCCCGGGGGGCACAGCCCAGCGGGGCACAGCCCAGGGCUGGCUGCCCCCAUGGCAGCUCCGUGCCACGGCCUGCCAGCAGGUCCUGUGUCCCCUGUGCCCUGCCCACGCCGUGGCUGCCAGCAUGUCCCAUGUGUGUCCCCCGUGCCCCCUGUGCCCCCUGCGGCAGGCGAGGGGGCUUCUGCCCCGGGGGACACAUCGUAGCCUUGACCCCAGCGGGAGCUGCUUCACCCUCCCAGCAGCAGAGCAGCCGGGGCAGCAGCUGGUGAGAAAUGCCCUCCUCCUUUUACGUUUUGUUAUUGCUUUGAUUUUUUUUGUUUAUUAUUGCUUGUACUUUUAUUAUUGUUAGUAUUACUUUUUAUUAUUGUUUUCAUUUUCAUUGUUUGGUUACCUUUCACCGUUUCUGUUUUUUGUUUAUUGUUUUGAUUUUAUGAUUUAUUUUCAUUGGUUUAUUGCUUUUUUCAUUUUGAUUUCUAUUAUUUUCGUUUGUUUCUACUUUAUUAAUAUUUUCGUAAUUGUUUUAUUACUAUUUUGAUUUUUAUUGCUUUCAUUUCUGUUACUUUAUUUUUAUUCUUGCUUUGAUUUCAUUAUUACUGUUUUGACUUUACUCUCAUUUUCAUUAUUUAGAUUUUUACCCCCGUUUUUUCAUUUUUAAGCUCGUUUUUACGACCUCCCCUCCGCACUCCGCGGCUGAAGCCUCCCACCGCCGUUCCGCUGCUCCCCGCCCUCCCCCCCCCCCCCUCCCACGCCGCUGCUGCGCGGCCGCGCUGCGCCCCCGGUCCCGGCUGCGGGGCCGCCGUUACGGCGCCGCCUGGCGGCCACGGUGGGAAACGCACAGGGACCACCGAGCCCCCAGCG